GGUUACGCUGCUGUACCACUGCGCGGUACCUUUUAAUAAAGGACGAGUUCUGCAGCAACAAAGGGAAGAGAACGUUUUCCCAGUGGAAGGCGGUCUAUCUUUAGAGGACCUUCUCAGACUUUUUGUUAUUAUAUUAUUCACUUUCUUGGUACAAUACAUAUUUCGCUUUUUGAUUUACUUUCCAUCCAUAUAUCCCAUAUUCCUCGCUCGUGUUCUCGUUUCAACUGUUUUCCGCUGAGGUUCCUGUUGUAUUGAUCCAUUUUAUUUUUGCAUAACAUAUUCAAAUUUUAAGUUUAGUUGCCACGCUUCAGUAGUCCGUCAGUUCUGCGGCAACACAUCUUCUGCCUGUGAAAUCAUACGCUUGUGAAAGAGACUGACUAUUGUUAUUCCUUAAGCAAAGUUUGCUCAGAAAGGCCUCAGAAAAACACUUGAAAGGCCCGUGUAUCUCUCCAGAAUUCGGAGUCAGACCCUGAAACGUCUGCGUCAGUUUUGAAAUUUCCCACUAUUCCCGUCACUCUGCUGCUCCAACUCCAACGCCCUGGGAUUUAGGCAGCCCCUCCCGUUGCAUGGGAUAGCAAUCUCAGGCCGAGGGUGUUCUCCUGAAGGUCUCCCAUCGCUGUCUUCCACGGACUGGCGUCUUGACCUUACCAGUUCCUAACCUGGUUCUCGCCGAGCGGCAAGGCCGUGUUUCUGGGGAGCUCUGAGCUGGCGCUGGGUGGCUGAGCACCGUGAGGAAGGCAUCCCUGGUUGGGCUCUUCCUGCGGAGAUGGAGUGCCUUUCAUGCGCAGGGCGUCCAAGCGUGAGCUAACAGCUCCGGUUAGAGCUUCAGGAGUGGGCAGUUACUUGGUUAUGUAGCAAUGGAAAGCUGUAAAAAGGUGGCAGCGCUCAGGGAAAGAUACAGAAAUCAUUACGAAAUACGUCUUCGUAGCUGUCUGACUUGGCUUCAGGGUUUUCCUCCCGUUUCCUUGAUGCAAUUAGUCAUUUCACACAACUUCCCCUGAUCCGCUCCUUUGAUGAACGCCAUCCUACGUUGGACGCUAAUGGAGGAUGAGAAGCGAGCGUGCAGGCCGUUAGAGACCAUUCCAGAUGAGGCUGGUGCUCGCCGCAUUGACUGUGCCAUGGAGCUGGAUUCGAAACAGAAAAUCUCCACUGACUGUGGUCCCUGGGCUACAAAGACAAAGCAAAAUUCAAUGAUUUUUGAAAACCAUGGAAGCAGAGGUGCUGCCCAACCUUGCCCAAGAUGUAUUGCUGGGGAAUCUGGACACUUCAAUCAUAUCCCGGGCUUCUAGAAAUUGAGAGGCGGCAGAUCAGCCACGCUGCUUUUCUUCCUAAAUUCUAAAGAUGCACCUGCGAACCCCGUACAGCUGGGCAUCCGUACCUUCACGCGCGGCGCGGAUUUGUCUGUGGUGGUCAGCAAACAGCAGCUUGCUGUAGGCGAUGACGGGUAGCUUUGGUUUCACACUUGAAAAAAUGCUUCUGCUUUUAAGGUAGCUCAGUAUAUGUUUAAAAAGGAAAAAAGCUGAUUUAGCGUUUUCGAGUAGUCAGGUUGGUCUGGGCUUUGGCCCAGUCUCCACCUGGGCCUGGGCCAGCGGUCCUGCUGAUAAAAGAGAUUUCCCUGUCUCUCCCAGGCACUUUUGCUGCUAUGUUGGGAAGGUGUCCUUGUUUGCGCACGGGUCCAGGGCCUGCCGGUUUAGCUCAGCCCUAUACAUGCAGGCAGAAAUGGGAGGGCAGAAACGUCAUUUUUAGAUGGCUAUUCGGCUGUGAAGGCCAGUAAAAAUCCUGCUGAGAUUCAGAUUUAAAUCCAAAAUAGGCAUCCAGUUCGGGUAUCUUGCACGCUAAACUUCUAGUUUGUUUAUAACACGCGGAGUUUGUGAAUGUGGCAGGUAAACAUCUACCAGAAAAAGCAGUGUGAUGUGAACAACGCCCCGUGAAGCGAAGGUGAAUGGUAACUCAGCUUUGUGGAGUUCUCACAAAGUUGUUAAGAUACCGCCUCACCCUCCCUGAGUCUGUCUUCCCAGUUUUUGUGAUAUUAGAACAAAUCUGUUUAAAAAGUCUUAAGCUUGUUGUCCAACAUGAUUGUACUGGCUUGUCCCAAAUAAUUUCAUUUUGCCACUGUAUAGGACUAUAUAAUAUUUUAAACACGUUCAGCUUUUUAGACUCCUGAGUAGCCCCAAGUUGUCCUGUUCGGGUGUGACGCUGCAGCAGCUGCUCUGGUGCAGGCAGAAGGGUCCUGAAAGCUCAGAACCGAAUGGCAGUACCGUAACCCUCUACAUGGGAGGGAAACUGCUGGGACCUGCCAGAGUUCGUGAAGAAAGCAAUCGUCUCCACCGCCAGAGAGCUGCUGAGCUAUCGCUGUGCCCUGCUGCUGCUCGGCUUUCGGGCAGACUUCAAGCCAAAGCAGAUGGGGCAGGCAGGGCAGCAUUUGGGCUCUGCUCUUCUGAGAGCAGCCA